AUGAAAUUGUGUCCUUUACCCACGGCAAUCAAGAACCAAAAAAGCACUCCAACUAAAAAUGCUAAUGAUGAUGCCCGAUUUGGUUACUCAACUUUCCAAGAAUUAAAGGAAGGAAAACAUGAAAUUGUUCGUAAAUAUAAGGAAUUAGCCGCUAAGAUAUUUGAUAAUUAUAAUGAUAGAAAAAAUAGGGAUUUUUGGGACACUAGUGACUCUUAUAUUAGUGAAAGUUAUAGAAAACAGUGUGAACAAAAAAACCAAAUAGAGUUAAGAAAUAGGGAAAGAUUAAUAAAAAAAAUGGAGCAACUCAUUGCCAAGGCAGAACAAGAACAAGGAAAUAAUGACAAAAAGCGUAAAAGAGAAGAAGUCAAUAAUUCCUCUGACACUAAUAAGCGAUCACGGAGUGGUAAGGAAGAAAAAGAUUUCGGACAAUUAGUCUCAGAAAAAAAUAGACAAAAAGGCGAAGCAACAAAUCAGAAAAUAGAUAAUAUUCUAUCUGUCGCCAGAGAAGAAAAUGACCCACAAAAAUUAGCAAGUCUGCUCGAACAAAUUGAAAAAGUUAACGGAGGAAAAGACAUGGCAGAGAGCAAGAAAAAUGAAAUAAGAGAAUUAAAAGAAAGAAUGUUUGAUUCUAAUCCCAACCAAGCCAAGCAGGAACAACUCAUUGCCAAGGCAGAACAAGAACAAGGAAAUAAUGACAAAAAGCGUAAAAGAGAAGAAGUCAAUAAUUCCUCUGACACUAAUAAGCGAUCACGGAGUGGUAAGGAAGAAAAAGAUUUCGGACAAUUAGUCUCAGAAAAAAAUAGACAAAAAGGCGAAGCAACAAAUCAGAAAAUAGAUAAUAUUCUAUCUGUCGCCAGAGAAGAAAAUGACCCACAAAAAUUAGCAAGUCUGCUCGAACAAAUUGAAAAAGUUAACGGAGGAAAAGACAUGGCAGAGAGCAAGAAAAAUGAAAUAAGAGAAUUAAAAGAAAGAAUGUUUGAUUCUAAUCCCAACCAAGCCAAGCAGGAAGUAAUUAGUAAAUUAAAUAAUCUCUUAUCCCAAAACAAUUUAAGCAAAGAAGAGCAUGAUAAAAUAGCCCAAGAACUGGAAGAUUUGAAUAAGGAAGAGAACAAACAAGCAAUUAUCAAAAAAGAAGAAAGCAUCACUGAGAAAAUUGGGAUAGCCGGUGCCCAAAAGAGGCUUAAUGAAUUAGUGAAUAAAGCCAAAAAUUUUCUUCAAAGUAAUUUGCUAAAUAAGUUUCAAGAGGUCAAAAAAGAAGUAAUUCAAUUUAUUGCUGAUAAAGGCUAUAAUCACAAGGCCUAUUUGACUAACCAGUCUGAGAUAGACCAACUCUUUGCUCAAACAAGUUCAGAACAAAGACCACAAGAACCUACUUGGAAAAAGAAAAUUGGGAUAGCCGGUGCCCAAAAGAGGCUUAAUGAAUUAGUGAAUAAAGCCAAAAAUUUUCUUCAAAGUAAUUUGCUAAAUAAGUUUCAAGAGGUCAAAAAAGAAGUAAUUCAAUUUAUUGCUGAUAAAGGCUAUAAUCACAAGGCCUAUUUGACUAACCAGUCUGAGAUAGACCAACUCUUUGCUCAAACAAGUUCAGAACAAAGACCACAAGAACCUACUUGGAAAAAGCCCGAAACUGUUUUAAAAAUCGAAUAUCAUUCAAAUAAAAGUGACGAAUAUCCUCCACCCCAUACUUAA